GCUGUGAACUUUGGCUGAACUUCAAAGGUCUCGACUCACAAGAGUCAACGUUAGGACUUAGCUGGCACUGUCCGACAGAUGUCCUGGGAUAUAAGCACCGCCCUAUCACCUACUCCACGGUCACGCUGCGCAAUGUGUACAAGGUACUAGCUACCCAGUAUGACCCACUAGGGUAUAUUUGUCCCUACACUACAAGGGCCAAGCUGAUUGUACAGGCCCUGUGGAGCACAGAAAGAGGGUGGGAUGAGCCCAUCGAAGGGAAUCUACUUCAGUCCUGGCUUGAGUGGGAAGGCGAACUGUCACACCUUCAGCAUGUCAUCAUUCCCCACUGCUACGCUCCUCCUCAUAACUCCAGCAAUGUGACAUAUGAAGCUCACGUAUUCUGUGACGCAUCGGAAAAGGCUUAUGGGGCUGUGGCUUAUCUCAGGGUAAUUGAGCGGCAACGGCCCAUCAUCACAUCAUUCCUGAUGGCUCGCUCCAGAGUGGCCCCACGCAAGCAGGUGUCAAUGCCCCGGUUGGAGCUUUGCGCAGCACUCACAGGAGCCCAAUUGGCCAGAUUACUCCAGACAGAGCUUACUGUUCCCAUACAGUCGAUUUACCUGUGGACAGACUCUACCACGGUGCUGCAGUGGAUCCAAUCUAGCUCCUGUCGCUAUAAGGUAUUUGUGGGGACUCGAAUCUGUGAAAUACAGGAGCUGACAUCUCCUGAACAGUGGCGAUAUGUGACCUCUGAGCUCAAUCCUGCUGAUGACAUCACCAGAGGGAAACAUCUCGCUGACCUAACAGCCCCCAAUCGUUGGUCACAUGGUCCACCUUUCCUAUUACAAGCCGCUGACACUUGGCCUAAGCUGCCAACAGAGUUUCCAGCCUGCAAUGAAGCAGAGCUCAGGAGGACUGCAUUCUGUGGGCACGCUUCUGUAUCCCCAACCUUGCCGGAUCCAAUGCAGUAUGCCUCACUAGAUAAGCUGAUUGCUGCUACGUACCGGACCCUACACGGGGCGGCCGACACUCCUAUUACAGCCGCGGAGCGACUGGAAACCAAGACCAUGCUGCUCCGCUCAGCUCAGACCGACAGCUUCACAGAGGAGACCAAAGCCCUCCAGACCAGUCGCCCAGUCCGCUCAGACAGCCGUCUUAGCACGCUGUCCCCUGAAUAUGACAGUCUUACUGGUCUCAUCAGAGUCGGAGGCCGCCUUCGUCAAGCCGCAGACUUAGAUCCAGACAGUAUUCAUCCCAUCGUACUAGCAGCUGAACAUCCCCUGACCAAGCUCAUCAUAAGGACUUAUGAUGACCAGCUCCUUCACCCAGGUGCAGAGAGGCUAUUUGCGGAGAUAAGGCGCACCUAUUGGAUUCUCAGAGGACGUCAAGCCAUUAAGAAACACCAGCACCAGUGUGUGGACUGUAGGAGAUGGCGCGCCACACCUUCUACACCCAAGAUGGCUGAUUUACCUUCCUCACGGAUGAGACUCUAUAAACCCCCGUUCUGGUCAACGGGCGUAGACUGUUUCGGGCCAUACACGAUAAAGAUAGGUCGUAGAAGAGAGAAACGCUGGGGAAUUAUCUACAGGUGUCUUACAACUAGAUGUGUGCAUCUCGAUCUCCUCCCUAGUCUUGACACUGAUUCCUUCCUUAUGUCAUUACGCAGAUUUAUCGCACGCAGAGGAAAGCCAUACGAGAUGUGGUCUGAUCAAGGAACCAAUUUCAGAGGUGGUCAUAGAGAACUCCAAGCAGCAUUUGAAAACAUGGAGCCUGACCUCAAGCAGCAACUAGCCACGCAGGCUAUCCACUUCUGCUUCAAUCCCCCACACUCGCCUCAUUUCGGAGGAGCCUGGGAAAGGGAAAUCAGAGCAGUGAAGUCAGCUCUGCAAGUAGUCCUGAAGGACCAAGUUGUGGCAGAAGAAGUCCUACUCACAGCUCUCAUAGAGGUUGAGGGCAUUUUGAACUCAAAACCGCUUGGCUAUGCAUCGGCUGACAUAGCCGACCCAGAUCCCAUCACACCAAAUCUUCUCUUGAUGGGGCGGCGUGAUUCAGCACUACCCCAGGCAGUCUAUGGCCCCUCAGGCACUCUUUCGACCAGAAGAUGGAUACACAGCCAGGUCAUCAGUGACCACUUCUGGAAGCGGUUCAUACAGAACUACCUCCCAGGACUGCAACUCCGACAGAAAUGGAGGAAGUCCACUGACAACAUGACCGUGGGACAAGCUGUUAUGAUUGUAGACUCUAAUCUGCCUAGAGGCCUCUGGCCUGUGGGUACCAUUUCCCAAGUUUUCCCAGGGACUGAUGGUGUUGUUCGGGCUGCCGAAGUCAAGGUUAAAGACAGUCUCUAUGUUCGCCCGGUGACUAAGCUAGUGGGACUCCCCAAAGUCCCUGAGGACUUAGAUGAUACUGUUCCGCAAUAGCUUGACUUUAGCAUGUGUGUAUUUGUAUCCAUACAAAUACAGGGGCGGCUGUUAAAAGUCCGCUUUCCAGAGGAAUAAUGUUUGUGAACACAGUUUAGACUACAUUACCCAUGAUGCACCUCGGUAUCUGUACUUCCCGUUGGGAACGUGUUUAGCGCAGUUCAGCACAGCUGAAAGGUGUUGGAUGAUCAGCGUUUUUCUCGUGCGUUCCUGUGUGAGUUACCCUUGGUGUGCGUGUUUAUCAUAUUACCACACCCACAUACUCCUGCACACUCACACUCCCUUUACCUGCAUUCAUAGAUGGGAAUGCAAUUGCCUCACUUGUUGAUGUCAUCUGCUACCUCUUUAAUAAAACUACUUGGACUACAUCACUGUGGAGUGCCAAUCCUUCUGACCGAGGACAACUCAGUUGAAGCGUGAUCGGCAAUCAGUGCAAACAUUCAGUACAAUCCUAGAGAGGUCAGGUUUGUUUUAGAGUACUCCAAUUAACAGCCCCCUUACCCCAAAAAGGAAUGGAGUCAUUAGCACUUAUGGUUUUUAAAUGUCACCCAGAAUUAUGUUGCACGAAGCACAAUUUCACAUCAUUCUGAGUUCAUUUGUGUGAAAACAAGGUCCAAUCAGGCUGAAAGAUUACAGGAAGGUAGAAUCUAUUGAGUUGUAAGUGAUCUGAACGUUUCAUGAUGAUAGCACUUUCCUAAGGGGGUCAAACCAUGUCCCAAAGGUCACCAGAUCUGGUGUCAAUUUAAAGAAGUAGUCCAGUUACACAUUUGUGGGCUUAUAACAUGGCUUCUGAAUGUCCUAGAGAAAUCAGGUUUGUUUUAGUGUACUCCAAUCAACAGCCCCUACAACCACAAAAAGGAAUGGAGUCAUUAGCA